GAUUCCGAUUGCGAGUCUGGAACAACACGAACCCGCCUCAAACUCGGUCGAUCUUUCUUCUCCUCUUCUUCUUUUCGACGAAACAAAUCCUCCAAAAUCUUCACGCGAGGCGCAGGUUGAGAGAUCCACCCAUGGCCAGCGGCGACGAGGAGGGCUCGGGCUCGCGCUCGCCCAGCAAGGCGGCUCCGGCUCCAGCUCCGGCGAAAAAGAAGAAGACGAAGACGACGACGACGACCUCGGCGAUGGCCCCGCUGCCACUAGCGGAGGUGAAGUGGAUCCUCGCGCAGAAGCGAGAGCCCUACACCAACCCGGACGACAUCGAGGGCUUCAAGAUCAGCAGCAACCCCAACAACGACAACGACGACGGGUUCCCGGAGGAACUCAAGGCGAGCUGCAGGGACUCCAUCCGCAGAUCGAACAUCCUCCGCAAGGUCGCGGACGACCGCUUCUUCGAGUACCAGAGCGAGGUCAGGGCCGCCAUGGAGUCCAGCGGCCGCUUCUUGGUCGACGCCGGCUUCUUCGAGCGCAGGGCGAGGGGUCGCGCCAAGCUUAACGAGGCAUGGGCGAAGUUGCGCGAUGGCCUCCCGCUCUCCGACUCUGACAGCGAUGCGGAUGAGGAGGAUGACGAAGACAUGGCAUUGCUGGCUGCGAUGGGUUUAGAAUUCGAUUGAGAAGAGAAAUCGAUUUAAUUGUUAUUAUUAUUAUUACCAACAAGGAAGGUAGUCCGCAUAUUCGCGCGGGCUUGUACAGUAGAUUGCGUUGCUUAAAUAAUUGUUUAAUCUAUUUGAUAGAUUUAUACCGUAUAAUAUUUAAUUCAUCCCUAUAAGCAGCAGAUAUCUAUAGUCUUCUUCAUCAUCUAAGAUAAUGUAGACUUAGUCUAUUUAGAAAACAUAUAUAAUAAAUUAAAUGUAAAUUAAAAAAAGGUGUUUUUGGAAAAAAAUAAAUGUUUAGGGGCUAACUUUUUUUUUAUCAAAUCUGUUUAUUUUCUACUAACACUUGUGUUUUAUUUGGCAUAAACCUAGCCCAUUUUACAUUGAUGCAAUUUGUCACUUACAGAUAAGACAGAGCAUA